AUGGUUGUCUUCAGCAAGGUCACGGCGGUCCUGGCCGGUAUUGCCUCCGUCACUUCGGCUGUGCCGAUGGGAGGAAAGAACAAGUUCACGAUCAACCAGUCUGUUCGCCCGGUCACUAAGGCUCGCACGAUCAACUUGCCCGGCAUGUACGCCAACGCUCUCUCCAAGUACGGAGCCACUAUUCCCACCGGUGUCAAGGCCGCUGCUGAUAGCGGCUCCGCCACUACCACCCCGGAGGACAACGAUAUUGAGUAUCUGACUCCCGUCAACGUCGGUGGCACCACUCUGAACCUGGACUUUGACACUGGCUCGGCCGAUCUUUGGGUUUUCUCCGGAGAACUUCCCGCUUCCGAGAAGUCUGGCCACGCCAUCUACAAGCCCAACAACGGCACCAAGCUCUCUGGCGCUUCGUGGUCCAUCUCUUACGGUGACCAGAGCUCGGCCAGCGGUGAUGUCUACAAGGACACCGUGAUCGUUGGUGGUGUCAAGGCCUCUGGUCAGGCCGUUGAGGCCGCCAAGCAGAUCAGCCAGCAGUUCGUGCAGGACAAGAACAACGAUGGCCUGCUGGGCCUGGCUUUCAGUUCUAUCAACACCGUCAAGCCCCAGUCGCAGAAGACCUUCUUUGACACUGUCAAGGGUCAUCUCGACCAGCCUCUAUUCGCCGUCACCCUGAAGCACAACAAGCCCGGCAGCUACGACUUCGGCUUCAUUGACAAGUCCAAGUACACCGGCGAGCUCGCCUACACUGAUGUCGAUAGCUCUCAGGGCUUCUGGAUGUUCACUGCCGACGGAUACAAGGUUGGCAGCACCUCUGGUGGUUCCAUCAAGGGUAUUGCUGACACCGGCACCACCCUGCUGAUGCUUCCCGAUGACGUUGUCUCCGCCUACUACAAGCAGGUCGACGGUGCCAAGGAGGACCAGUCCGCCGGUGGCUAUACCUUCGCUUGCUCCUCCAAGCUUCCUGACUUCACCGUCACCAUCGGCAGCUACGACGCCGUCGUCCCUGGCAACCUGAUCAACUACGCCCCCAUCACCGACGGCAGCUCCACCUGCUUCGGCGGUAUCCAGAGCAACUCCGGCCUGGGUUUCUCCAUCUUCGGCGACAUCUUCCUGAAGAGCCAGUACACCGUUUUCGACUCCAACGGUCCCCGCCUUGGCUUCGCUGCCCAGGCUUAA